UAUCUAUCCUUAAAGCACGUUGCGACAGUCGUACCUUAGCUGUCCACCGCCAUUUCUCUUGGUACUGGCUACCUGGAGUCUUUCGCUUUAUUAUUUUUUUUUACUAAAGAAAAAAAAUUUCCUAUUAUUGACCUGUCCGUUGCGGUCAACUCUUAGCCGCCCUUCGCGAGCUGAAAUCCCCCCUCCGGAUUGAUAAUCACCACUUUUGCUGGCACGGCCUGCCAACCCCAUAUCCUUAACCCUCAUAGCCACCUCGUUGGGCUUCCAUCGUCAUGUCUGAGUCAACCAGCACAAAUACUCCGAAGCCGAGUAGUAGCGUCAAGCUGGUACUUUUGGGAGAGGCGGCCGUUGGAAAGUCUUCGCUUGUCUUGCGAUUUGUGAACAACGACUUCCAAGAGAACAAGGAACCGACCAUUGGAGCCGCUUUCCUCACCCAAAAAUGCUCGCUGCCUACUCGCACGAUCAAGUUCGAAAUCUGGGAUACGGCCGGUCAGGAGCGCUUCGCCUCGCUUGCCCCCAUGUACUACCGUAACGCCCAGGCGGCGCUGGUGGUCUACGAUGUCACCAAACCCUCGUCGCUCACCAAGGCGAAGCACUGGGUCGCUGAACUUCAGCGGCAAGCCAGCCCCGGAAUCGUGAUCGCCCUCGUCGGCAAUAAGCUGGACUUGACGAAUGACGGGAACGAGGCCGCCGGCGAGUCGCAAGCUGACGGGGACCGCGAGUCGCCCGCCGUUGACGAAGAUGAGGCCGCCGGCGAGAACCCCGAAGAGGCGGAUGCCACUACCGGAGACGCGCGGAAGGUACCGACACGGGAGGCUAGCGCUUACGCGGAAGAAGAGAGCCUAUUGUUCUUUGAGACCAGUGCGAAGACGGGUGUCAACGUGGUCGACGUCUUCACGGCGAUUGCCAAUGCCAUCCCCGAGAGCAGCUUGAAGAGCGGGCGAGGAGCUGGCGCCGGAACCGGACAGACUACGUUGGGAGGUGGUCGACCGGCCGAAGAUUCGCGGGUGAAUCUGGGUGAUCGGGGAUCUGCUACGGCCAAGGAAGGGUGUGCCUGCUAGAAGGUAUUCCGGUUGCCCUGGGAUUCGUGUGUUGAGGUGCAAGAUAUCCGUCGUGUUAUCUUUGGCCAGGCUGGAUUACCGAGUAACAGUCUCGGGCGACGGAACCGUGUUUCUUUGAUUCUUUCGUUUGAACCUAGUAUUCUCUCUUCUGCAAAGGCGUGUGCAGUUGUCAUAUCCACGGCGUCUGUUGUUUAUUAGUUUUGUUUUUCUCUGUUCACUAUGCCAUAUUAUUUAGUUCGGUAAUAGGAUCUCGCGCGAGACCCGACAGUACUUUAGGAAUCAAGGGACAGUUGGAACGGA